AGCAGCAAAUCCCAGAUUCACAGAUCCACAGAUCCACAGAUCCACCAGAGAAAUCAUGAGCAAGUUCAGCAUUUGCCUCCUCCUCGUCGUCCUGGCCAUCGCCGCCAUUCACGCCGAUGGCGAUCGUCGUCCAUGUGUGGGUCGCUGCACCGGACUGUCCAGCGCCGGCAAGAGCGUGUGCAUCCGGAACAAGGCAACCAAUGUGUGCACCCGCCUGCCGGCCUGUCGCCUGCGGGAGAAGAACUGCCGCCGUCGGGACAGUGGACUGGAACCCAUCCGUGAGACGUGCAUCACCCGCUGCCGCAACGUUCCCGGCACCAGCGGCGUCGGCCAGUGCGCCACCCGGCUGCGUCCACGUCCCCAGUCGGAUGGAAAGCGCAUCAGGGAGUGCCAGAGGAGGGUGUGCCUGGAUGACAAGCUGGCCAGCUGCUGGAGGGACCAGCAGGGCGCCUGCAUCCUGCAGACCCGCUGCGAGGCCCAGAGGAGGAACUGCGUCCGCAAUCCGCUCAACCAGUGGGUGAGGGCCAGCGAGUGGAGCUGCCAGGGCAAUGUUGUGGGCGGUGGCAUCCGUCGCUGCCGCACCAGGCCCAUCAUCAUCAAGGAUUGAGAUUCCUUGCGACUUUGGCUCUACACGCGGCUCCCGACUUGAAUCCUGGCAUUGACCUCUAGCUUUUACAUACUACUUUUUUUUUGUCCAACUUCUUUCGGCUUUUUUGCCUAUAUUAUAACCGUACAAACA